AUGACGAAAAACGAGGCUCUUACAGACGAGUACGUCGCCGAACUCCUGGCAAAAGAUGCGAAAGCCUCGAUCAAAUACUCCUCGCUGGGCCUUGAAGACUUUACAACAUCCAAGCCUCCUUCCAACAAGCCAAAACCUAAUACUCGGUUCCUACGCAACAUUAUCAAAGACACCGAUAGUCACAAUGCGGCCCUACUGGCUAGGGAGGCGGCAGAAUCCCGCGCACGUUUGCAGAGGCUUGCGGGGAAUGAUAGGGAAAAGAAGUCGAGUCGGAUUGGGGGAGGCGAUAUCAGGAAGCGGCAAUUAGGAGAUAUUGCUGCUAUAUUGGGAGGGGCGAAGCCUUCAAAACGCAAGAGAGAUGAUGAGGCUAGAUCAAUCGAGAACGAAUCCAGGCGGAAAAAGCCUUUUGGUGAUGACGAGUUGAAGAGGGAAGUUAAGGAUGAGAGGAAGCGGAAACAUGCCACGCGAGAAGAUGAGGAGGACGGACGAUCUAAAAGUACUAAGAGACACCACAGGCGGCACAGGAGUGCUUCGAUAGAUAGUGAACGAGAUGUUGAUGACAGGAGGAGACGACGGAGGUCUCGAUCGCGUUCACCGAACGAGCAUCGAAGCAAGGGCUCAAGAACCCGUCAAAGGUCACCAAGAAGGAAACGCUCAAAAUCCCCAGUUGAAGGUCGACAUAGGCCGAGCAAAUACCGUCGUUCUCCCUCAAUUGAACGCCGUCCUUCCAAAAAGAAGUCGACGAAGGACCCGAUGAAAGACAAGCACAAUGUAGACAACGAUUCGGAUCCUCUAGAUGAUAUCAUCGGUCCAGCCCCGCCACCUAAACCAGAAGUACGAUCGCGCGGCCGUGGAGCCUUUUCUAGUAACUCUGGUAUCGAUUCGAGAUUCUCAGCCGAUUACGAUCCCACUGCCGAUGUGCAGAUAGAUGUCGACGAGGAGAAUGAUUGGGACCAGGCCCUGGAGGCGCUACGUGACCGCCAGAAGUGGAAACAGCAAGGUGCUGAUCGAUUGAAAGCUGCGGGAUUCACGGAUGAUGAAAUUCAAAAGUGGGAGAAGGGAGGCGAGAGGACGGAGGAGGAUGUGAAAUGGGCGAAGAAAGGGGAAGGGAGGGAGUGGGAUAGGGGGAAGGUACUUGAUAGUGAUGGGAUUGUGGUCACUGAACCGUCUUUUGGAAGGCUGAAAGGUGAUUAA